AUGUCUAGCCGUCUACUCAGCAUUCAGCACCUCCCUCCUACCUCUCCCCCCUCCUCUUCUAAUACUACUGACUAUCGCUCUAGUAGUCCCCUUCCCCGCCGUUUUGCCCGCUUUGUUUCUAAUGGCUACUAUCUGGACGACCCUAUCGCCAUCACGCCAUGCCUCGACCCAUUCCGACCGCGCACCAUCAAUCGACACCGAACGCAUCUUGACCAUGCCUUAUUAAUCCUGAUAAUGCGGGCUCGCUCGUCGUCUCGGGCGGCUUCGGGAUCGGCCUCCCUUCACUACCGAGGAGGCAGGACUGCAUUGUCAUACAGGCCGGAGGAGGACGCGAGGGCGACGAACUCGACGACCUCCGACCCUAUACACCACACCAAGCGACGGGGCAGCGGCAACGAGGAGCUGUCUAGCGCAGCUUGGACGCCGGUCUCACCCGGAGCUCAGCUAUCGCGCUCGCAAGACGACGAGCAAGAUGUUGUCGACGCCUCAAAAUCCAUCCCUAUUCCUCCCCUUCCCCAUCUCCCGGCGCCAUUCGCCCAGGCUUUGCAUGACGACGAGAAGGGGUACGCGACCCCCUCGUCCUCGUCCGUGGACCCCCCAAGUAACCGGAGGCAAGGUCUCGCUCUCGCAGGCGAGACGCUUGACCAACGAUUUUUCGCUGACCCCGAGCCGCCGGAGGCACGCGCGGGGUCUCUCGACGAAGGUUGCGACGAGGGUGGGGCACCCUCCCCUCCCCUCAUUCCUCCUCUACCCCGACGUCGGGUCGCUGUGACCCCCAUCUUUGGGCCAUUUUACGCCGACCCCGAGCCGCCGGAGGCGCGCGUGGGGUAUUCUAGUUUUCACGAAGCGGCGCAUCUUGAGGUGACGGCCGAGCGUGCUAUACGCCGCAUUCCCGCAAUCUGGACGUUAAGCAAGAUGUCUGGGAGCAAAUUCAGAUCCCUCGGCCCCCCGCCCUCCAAUUAG